GAAUUUAUGUCAUGCUUGAUAACUUGGAUUUAUUAUUGUUCUUACUCACAGAUGGCAUUGUAAACAAAAGAAAACCUUGUACAAUAAUGUUGCUACACUAAUGUACAAGUCAACAGACAGUGUAAAUAAUAAAAGUACUCAAAUUUAAGCCAUACUCAUUUUUGUGUAAUGGCUAUUGAUCCUGGGCCUGAAAUCGAUAAAGUCAAAUUGUUACAUUAUAUUAUCAUGACAAAGAAGAAACUAUCCGAAAAAUACAAACAGAAACUAUCAAAACAUCCUAUACCUAAACAAAAUAAUGCACAAGGAAUAACUGUUGUUAGUGAAUUUGUUCGUCAAUUUGUUCGACGUCAUGUUAAUGAAAAUCAACGUAAUCAAUCUGAUUUAUAUUGGCGUCCAGGUUCUAAUAUUAGUCAUAAUAUAAAUCUAUUACCACAAUCAACAAAAUUUCAUCGAUUAAAACAUAAACAAACGUCUAUCACAAAUGAUAUCCCUAUCAAAAUCAAUCAUUCUAAUGUAAAGAAAAAAUCAUUCAAUAAAUCAAUAAUCAAUCAAAAACCAUCGAUUAUAUCAAUGGAUUUAUCCAAUCAAUUACAUAAUUUAUGGAAUGGUUAUUUUCAAUCUGUUAUGUCUAUUCUUCUUACUAAAUUAAAUGAUGCUAAUUAUAGUAAUUUUAAUUUAACAAAAAAUUUAGAUACAAUAUUACGUUUGAAUUUAAUUGGUGCUCAACUUAAAAUUCUACGUUCAACAUCAUGUCGAGCUGGUAUAGAAGGUAUUGUAGUAAUGGAAACAAAGAAUACAUUUUGUUUAGCAAUAAAUUCAUUACAUAAUCAAUUAUCAAGUGAAUCAUUAGUAACUCUUACUACUGUUCCAAAAUUAGGUUCAUUAUUUUCACUUACUUUACCUCAUAUUGUUGAUAAAUCAAAUAAUAAUCAUAAUAAACAUCAAAAAAUUGAAAUUUUACUUAAUGGUGAUCAUUUAACACAUCGAUCAGUUGAUCGAGCUAUACGUAAAUGGAGAUAUAUACCAACAACAGCAUAUGAAUAUAAUCAAAAUGCAUUAACAACUGAAGCUAUUUUAUCUAAUGUACUCAUUGAUAAUGUAAUAAAUAAAUGAUUAUUUGAAUUAUUUUGAACUUAUAUACAGGAAAGCAUUGGUAGUUUUUCGGACUAUGUACCUAAAGUGAUUGGAGCUUUUUUGAAUAAGGUUAUAUUGGAUCAAUUAACUAACAAGUUAAUAAUCUCGUCAAUGAUGAAUUUGUAGUGACCUACUUUUAUCAAGAGAACGCG